AUGCUGACCCAUGUCGGGAACUCAUACACCAAGAUGGUGAAGGGCGCCACGAAGAUCAAAAUGGCCCCGCCAAAGGCUAAAUACGUGGACCCUAUCUUACAAGGUAUGUCUGACCAGCGAAAUUUCAACGAGAUAGUAGAUGCACUGCAGGAUCGAAUGCAGCUAAACAUCUGGUCCGUCGUUUACAAAUCACUCAUCGUCAUACACUUAAUGGUCUCGACGCAUCCCUACACUCUGGAAUGGUUUGCUGACCAUGCACAGUCCGUGUUCCACAUGCACAAGAUCGUCAACUCCAAUAAAUGGUCCGCAAACGACCUCAGGGCAUUGCAACGGUACAACGACUACUUGAGGGCGAAAUGUAUCGCGUAUGGCGAAACCCGUCGCGGGAGUAAGUCCGGUAACAGAACACAGGCGAAACUGCGCGAGGUCGAGUCCCUUCUGGAUCAGAUCAGAGCGCUUCUCAAGAACAGGUACUCCCCACAGGAUCUGGAUAACGAGUUGCUGCUGUAUGCGUUCAAGUUGCUCACAAAGGAUCUGCUCGAGUUGUACAACAAGCUGAACGCGGAUGUGAUCGUGCUUCUUGAGUCCUUCUUCGAUCUUUCCCUCGACGACGCGGAGAGGACACUGGACAAUUACAAAGUGUUUGUGGACGUCACGGAGUACGUCGUUAAGUUUUUGAAAGUCGGGAAGGCUGUGGGACUGGACAUCCCCGUGAUCAAACACAUCACUACAAAGCUGAUCAGAUCGUUGGAACAACACUUGGACUCGCUAGCCGCAAGAGACAGUGAUACUACACCACAGAGACAGUCUGUGCCCACUGCGAAGAGCAGGGGGGACACCGAGGACGACGUGGCUCACAGGGAAAGAGAGGCACAAGCGAGGGAACAGUUGGCGCAGAUCAGAGAGCAGAAGAGACAAUUGGAGCAACAGUUACAACAGCAACAGUCAGUGAUGAUCACACCGACCGUGCCGCAGUACACGGGGACGAACCCCUUCUCGCCGUCCCCCGUGAUCGCCGCGCAACAAGAAUCCUUCUCCUUUGAGCCCCCCGUGAAUACAGGCCCCAUCCUGCAACAGAACACCAACAACCCGUUCUUGGCAAUGCCGACGACAGGUACAGGUCUGUCACAACCGCCAUACCAGAGAACAGGGUCCUCGUACGUGAACAACCCGUUCACCCUCAGCAACAUAAUCGAGGAACCCACCCAGGAACAGCAGGCACCGGUGCAAGUCACAGGAUACUACAUCCCGACGAACCAACCACCACAGCAACACCAAGCGCAGUACACGAACCCGUUCCAGCAGCCAUCGCAACCACCCACCGCUGGUAACACGGGCUCGAACCUCGUGGACAUGUGA